AUCGUACAAACGUCCUUGUUAUCUCUCCAUUCCACCGCAUUAAACAAGAGCUUUCCCUUUUUCAAAUAAAUGGAAAUUUCAUAAGUUCCCUUUUUCAAACGUCCUUGCACCACUCUUUUAUUGUCUCGUGUGCCACGCCACCAAUCCGAACCCAACAAGUUAACAGUUGCUGGUAGCCUUGACUACCAUAGCAGUAACAGACCAUAGUACCAUACCCACCUUCCUUUCCUUAAUCUUAACAGAAACUCAAACUUGUUCUGUUCCUACGGUUAUGUUAUGGCUCUUCCUUCACUAUCCUUUCUCUUCAUCUUCUCCGUCUCACACUCAAUACCCUUCAUUGUUAUUCAUGGAAUUGGGGAUCAGUGCUCUAACCGUGGAGUGAAAAAAUUCACACAGCAACUGAGCAGCUUCUCUGGUGCUGAAGGAUAUUGUAACUUUUAUAUUAAUUUUCUUAGCGUGUACAAAGAAAUUCUUUUCAUUUGUUUUCCCCAGCCUUUGUUAACAUUUUAUCCUCUGAAAGUAGAGCCUGUAAUGUUGUUUUCAUGACUAAUAAAGUUUCCCUAUUUCUUCAGCCGGUUGGAAAUGGAUCAUGGGAUUCAUGGUUUAAGCCUUUGAAAGAGCAGGCUGAGAUUGUCUGUGAAAAGGUGAAGCAAGUGAAAGAAUUGAAGGAAGGAUACAAUAUUGUUGGACUUUCCCAGGUUAAAAACUUUAUCUCUUUAGGAGGCCCUCACACUGAGGUAUCUUCUGUGUUCUUGCAGACACCCUCAUCAAGGGAGAGGUUUACAGUAGCUAUAUUCAAGAACACUUGGCUCCUAGUGGAUAUCUUAAAUUACCGAACGCCAUACCUGAUUAUUUGGAGAACUGUAGAUUUCUUCCAGUGCUUAACAAUGAAAUACCAGAUAAGAGAAAUUCCACUUACAAGGAAAGAUUUAGUAGCUUGCAGAAUUUGGUACUUAUCAUGACAGAACUCUAAAUUGAGGAUUGGAUAGGCUUAAGAACUCUAGAUGAAGAUGGAAAAGUUCACUUCAUUAGUGUUCCAGGAAAUCAUCUUGGAAUAUCCCAGGAGGAUAUGAAAAGCUUGUAGUGCCAUAUUUGAAGGAUCAAACAUCCGUAGAAGAUAGCAUCAACAAGGCUAGGUUCAGGAUGCGAGGAGUUAAUCAGAAAGUUAUUCAAGUAAUAUGAUGGAGCAAUCUCAAAAGGAGGAGGCAGAACCAUCAACCACUCCAUUCCUUGAUGGAUCAUUGUCAUAUUGGUGGUCUACACCAUUCAAGACUUUCCUUGGUGAAUUGAUUGGCAUUCAUGAAGAGGAAUCUAUAUAAAGGAAACAAUCACAUUACAUGUGUCUGGACUGAUCAAAAGAUUUAUCAAAUUAGAUGGAUAUAGCAAAACAGUAAUAUAUGCUGAUAUUAUUUUAGUUGAUAAAUAUCAAAAUGCUUCACUUGGAAGGCUUAGGUUCUAUUUUCUCCAUGAAUAUUAUCUUCUUUUUUUUUGUGAAUAGUUGUGAACACCUAGUUUUGUUUGACUUCUCUCUAUUUUAUUUAUUUCAUUUCAUUCUA